CCUAUUUCUGCUACUUAGUAAUGUGCAUUAUUCUUUAUCAAAAUUAGUUGUCGAGAAAGACUUGGCUACCGCAAUGGCUAAGAAUCACCAGUUCACCAUAGGAUGGAUCUGCCCGCUCCCGUUAGAGAAAGAGGCGGCGAGGCUGGUGCUGGACGAAGAGUACCCCCAAGACGAGGUCCAGUACCAGAACGCAUACUACCUAGGCGGCCAGAUUGGAAAACACAAGGUCGUUAUUGGCGUGCAGCGAAGGAUAGGACUGACUGGUGUCGCAAUCCUUGCUGAGAAGAUGCGGGCUGGGUUCCCCAACAUCAGGUACUUUCUCCUUGUCGGCAUCGCUGGCGGCGUGCCUCGCUAUGGGCCAGCUGGUGCAGUCUCAGAGAUUGUGCUUGGCGAUGUGGUGGUCAGCUCUCCUCGAAGCAACCAUGGCGGAGUAUUGCAGUACGACAAGGGCGCGUGGGAGGGUCAAGGGCGACUAAACUUUCGUGGACACACCAACGGCGUUCCAGGUGACCUAAUGGCCGCGGUCAACAACUUUCGCGCAGAGGGCUGGUCUAAGACGAACAUUGCAGAGGUUCUGAAGCAAAUGCGUCUUAAGCUUAACGACGAACAAAAGCGCCAGUACGCCGACCCAGGUCCUAGUCAAGAUAGGCUCUUUAAAGACACCUACGGGCAUAAAGGCACUGAGUUCGACGAUUGUAAAGUGUGUUGCGAUGCGGACUGCAUCGACUCGCGAUCUGAUCGAGGAGCCGGAGCUACUCGACUAGUCGACACGCCGUCUGUUCACUUUGGCAACAUCGCGUCGAGCAAUCAGCUGCAAAUAUCAGCUAUUGAGCGCGAAAGAUUGCGGAAAGAACAUGAUGUAAUCUGUUUCGAGAUGGAAGCAGCAGGAGUCAUGGACGAGUAUCCGUGUGUAGUUGUUCGUGGCAUCUGCGACUAUGCAGACUCGCACAAGAACAAGGGCUGGCAGAACUACGCGGCAGCUACGGCGGCAGCGUAUGCUAAAGGGCUGUUGUCUAGGGUCCCCACGGCGGACACUACGAGUAGUGCGCUGUCUGCAGAGCGGUCUACACCUCAGCAAUCCGUAGGCACAACGAACAUGAGGUUCGGCAACAAUGAACGUGGUGUACAGGGGAGAGACAUUCACGGCAACAUACAUAUUGGAUAGUUAGUUGAUGUUAAGGUGUCAUAUUAUGGCGGCAACUCAGCGAUAGAAAGAAUGCCAAAAGGAAUCACUAAGGCUGUAGCAUGAUCGAAUACGUAUUGAUGCC